GCUCCCAUUUAAACCGUCUAACUUACGGUUAGAAAUGAUAUCUCCCCUUCAAAGCAAAUGAAAGAGACAUGAUAAUUUGGAAGAAAGCUUUAAAUACCACUAAGGAACCAGCAAGGAAGCCAAGCCAAGUAUGAAACCUCCAUUAUCUUCCCACUAUAUUCCUUGAGUAAACUCUAAGCCUUCGCCACUUGCUGCUUUGUUUUAUUUUUUUCCUCUUCUUCUUUUUCUUCUUCUUCCUCAACAAUGGAAAAGCAUCAAUAUGGGUUCUUGCUAAUCAUCUUCUUUGUAGUUUCUCUUGGCCUUAUGUCUUUCAUUUCUUGUAUCAUUGCAGAGUCCCAGAAAGCCAAGGAGGAGGAUAUGAAGUUGGAUAAUAAACUCUGUUAUUUGCCUGAAAGUAAAGCUUUCAGCUUUGGAAUUGCAGCACUAAUAUGCUUGGUCAUUGCUCAGAUCAUAGGAAAUUUUGUAAUUUGCAGCAAUUUUUGGUUGAGAAAGGAUGAAGAUUCUUCCAAGGCUAAGAAACCAAAGAUCGCCACAGCAUUUCUGGUUUUGUCAUGGAUCUGCUUUGGGCUUGCAGUGAUUUUAUUAAGUGCAGGCACAAGCAUGAGUAGAAAACAGCUCUAUGGAAAAGGAUGGUUAGACCAGAAAUGCUAUGUAGUCAAAGAUGGAGUGUUUAUUGGGUCAGGCUUUUUAGUCUUGAUUUCAAUUGCAGCCACACUUGCUACUUCACUAUUCACUAUUAGUAAAGUACAAGGUGAACUAACUGCAAGAAUACAUGCACAACUUGUAUAAAAUAAUAAUAAUAAUAAUAAUAAGGUAAUUUACAAAUUAUUCUUCAAAAUAUAAUAAAAUUAUAAUUUAAGUCA